GCACUAACGCACCACUUGUUGAGCCAUGCUGUGGCGGCGUUCCAUAUAAAGUAGAGGAAGAUGGGCACGGAUGUUAGCCCAGGGCCAGUCUUCUUCAGCGAAAAAAAGAGGAGGAUUAGCAUUGGAUGUUAGCUCAGGGCUGGUCUUCCUCACACACACACAAAAAAAACAAAACAAAAAACCCAGCAUAAAUAUCCCUUCCUCCUGAAGUCUUUUUUGAUACUUCUUACAAGAGUCAGUCAUUCCUUUCCCUGGGCUAAUGCCAUAUUUGGUUACUCCCUUCUUAUAGUGCUUAUCCCAUUAUGUUGUAAUAAUUGGCAUUUGAGUCUGUCUGUCUCACUGUACUCCAGGUGUCUCAAGGAUAGGGACAGUGUUUAGUCAUUCUUUGAUGUGCAACAUGUAGCCUAAUGUCCAGCACAUAGAGUCUAUCAAUAAACAUAACUAUUUGAUUGCUUAGCAUGAUUCAGGCACAGAGGUAAAUACUUUACCCACAUUAUCUUAUUUAAUCCUCACAGCCGCCUCAUGAGUCCUGUUAUUAUCAUGUUUUACAGGUGAGGAAAUUGAAACUAGGGAGGUGAAGUCACUCGCCUCCAGAUGAACAGCUGAGUAAUGAUGCGGGUGUGCUGGUUGGUGAGACAGGACAACCGGCUGCAGCGAAUAAAACUUCCACAUUUGGAAGCUGUCGUGGUUGGGCGCAGCCCAGAGACCGAGAUCACUGACAAGAAGUGUUCUCGACAGCAAGUACAGUUGAAAGCAGAGUGUAACAAAGGAUAUGUCAAAGUAAAGCAGGUAGGGGUCAAUCCCAGCAGCAUUGACUCAGUCGUAAUUGGGAAGGACCAAGAGGUGAAGCUGCAGCCUGGCCAGGUUCUCCACAUGGUGAAUGAACUUUAUCCAUAUAUUGUAGAGUUUGAGGAAGAGGCAAAGAGCCCUGGCCUGGAAACACACAGGAAGAGAAAGAGGUCAGGCAACAGUGAUUCUAUAGAAGGGGAUGCUGCCCAGGAAGCUGAGCCCAGUACAGGACUGGCACCUGGGAGUGACCCCAGCCAAUGCUCUGUGCCCCCAAAGAAGGGGAAAGAUGCAUCUACCAAAAAGGAAUCCUUGGGCCACUGGAGUCAAGGCUUGAAGAUUUCUAUGCAGGACCCCAAAAUGCAGGUUUACAAAGAUGAGCAGGUGGUGGUGAUUAAGGAUAAAUACCCCAAGGCUCGGCACCACUGGCUGGUCUUACCAUGGGCCUCCCUUGCCAGUCUGAAGGCUGUGACCAGGGAACACCUUGAGCUCCUCAAACACAUGCACACCGUGGGGGAAAAGGUGAUUGCAGAUUUCGCUGGGUCCAGCAAACUCCGCUUCCGAAUGGGCUACCAUGCCAUCCCCAGCAUGAGCCAUGUACACCUUCAUGUGAUCAGCCAGGAUUUUGAUUCUCCUUGUCUUAAAAACAAAAAACAUUGGAAUUCUUUCAAUACAGGAUACUUCAUAGAAUCACAAGCUGUGAUCGAGAUGGUGCAAGAGGCUGGCAGGGUGACUGUCCAAGACGGGAUGCCUGAGCUCCUGAAGCUGCCCCUCCGUUGUCACGAGUGCCAGCAGCUGCUGCCUUCCAUUCCUCAGCUGAAAGAGCAUCUCAGGAAGCACUGGCCACAGUGACUGCAGAGCCUGGACUUCUGCAGCAAGUAUGGCUGACGGUUUACAGCAAAUUCCUGCCACCUGUUCUGGAUUCCCUGUGAACUUUUACUUGUUUUUUGAAUUAAAACAUGCAGCUUUUUUUUUUUUUU